AUGUCACCGGAGAUCAAGGAGACAGUCCCUGGUAUCCUCAGCAAACACCUCCAAACUGAUGAGGCACGGAAAGCUCUGACAAUGGAGCAUAUCCACAUGCAGUACCCAGACCAGAAGUGGACCCAUGUGUAUACUGAUGGGUCAGCAACUGACGCAACCAGAGAUGGAGGAGGAGGCAUCCUUAUCAAGUAUAAAGACGAGGAAGAGACAAUCGCGAUAUCUACAGGUAGAUACUCCAGCAACUACAGAGCUGAAGCCGUCGCAAUUGAAGAGGCAACCAAGAGGCUGAAACAGAAGAGGAACAAGACCAGACAUCGAAUAGUCAUAUUCACUGAUGCCCUUUCUGUCCUGAAAGCCAUGCAAGAUCCGAAGAAGGAGGAAAUGCAGAACCUCACCACAUCUCUAAAAGCCCUAUGUUCAUGCAGGAAGAAAGUCGUUCUCCAGUGGAUACCAGCCCACUGCAACAUCAAGGGGAACGAGAAGGCCGACCAUCUGGCCAAGGAAGGAAGCCAACUACACCAGAGCGACCUGUCCCUAACAUAUAAGGAGGCAAAAACCAAUAUCAAAGCUGCCUACUGGACCAAGUGGAAGGAAGAGCACGAGGGAUAUGAUGCUAAUGACAAUUACAACAAACUCACCAGAAGAGGCCAGGCCAUCAUAUUCCGACUGCGAACCGGCCACAGCAGGUUACGGCAUCACCUGUUUACAAAGUUACGGAUCGGAGACAACGACUUGUGCCCAUGUGCCACGGAACCGAUGACCGUGGCACACAUCCUGACAAGAUGUGCGAGAUUGGCACCUCUGAGAAAAGACAUCUGGCCAGAAGAAAAAUCACCAAUCCGAGCAAGAUGUAUUAAACCUUGCCGAAAAAUUUAA